AGGCGCGCAUACUUUAUUCUACCCGCAAGCGCGUGCGGCGCAAUCUAAAGUCAUGGCGACGCGCAAGAAGACUCCCGGUUCUCCUCCUCCACGGGCCGCUGCCACGCCCGAGCUGGAGAAGCUACCUCCGCUUUCCCAAGUCGUCCAGCAGCUCUACGACCGGCAGCACAACGCGGAUUGGGGCGAUGUGGUCGGGGACCUGAUCGACGGCGCGGUCGCGGAGGCCGUGAUCGACGUGGCCUACGAGGAAUACCUGGCUCGGAAAAAAGGCAAGACCCGCAACCUCCUCGCGGAGCUGCUUGUGAACCGCGCGACGCUGGAAAUCGCCUACGACGUCGCUAGCCAGACGCACCGCGUGGCCCUGGACGAACAUAAGGCAAUCGAGGAGAGCCUCCGCCGCAAACGCAACAAAGCUGCGGAGAGCACAGCUCCCGCGGCACUGAAAACGAGGUCCCCGGGCGCUUCGCCGAAACGCGCCGGCGCGAAGGCGAAAGCGAAGCGGGGAAUCGCCGCCGGCCGACCGGGGGCGACCAGAAACCGCCCCGGAACGAAGGCCCGCGAGAACGAAAACCCAGACGGAUUGAACCGGGAUGAAACGCUGAAGCACAGACCCGCCGCCCAUCAAUCGUCUCCGGAUGCCGCGAAAAACUAUGCCAAGAAGCUCGAGGACCCCGCGACCGUGCACGGACUCCUGCUCGCCGCGCUGAACGGGGCGGCGGCGCUCCGGCCCUACCUCCAGCAGAACUGGGUCUGCGCGCCGGACCAGAAUAAGGCCCGUCGGAUCAGCGAUUUCAUGCGGUCUUGCGUGAACUACAUCGACCACUCCGAGCCGUUUCUGCUGGAGAAGAUCUACCACCUGGGGAAGUGCCGCACCCGGUUGGAGCGCAACGAACCGCUGCACCGGGACCGCAGUGGGCAGGGGAACAACAGCACCCGCGAGGCGCAGAUGUUCUUUGCGCCCGAGGGAUUCUACGCGACAAAGACCACGGGAAGCCGGAAGGCCGCGGGGGUUGGGUUGCCGCCGGGUCUUCUUCACCGGGGAGGAAAUCACCAGAAAGAUGGAACGGCUGCCGCGCUUUCCCAUGCCGGUCACUCGCCGGAGAAAGAGACGAACACUUCUCCUAGUCAGAACAUGAUGAACCUCCCGCAAAACAAGUCGCAAAUGAAGAUCCCCCUGUACGAGAAGCCCCUGGUGGAUGAGCUGGAAGAGCAGGAGCAGCAACAAAGACACUUGCCCGGCGCGGUCACCGAGGGUCCGCGCAUCAAGAUUGUCCGCGAGCCCCCCGGCGCCAGUACGGACUGGCACGCAUUUUUCAAGGAUCGCUAUCCUUUGCAAAAGUUGACUGCAUGCACUUAUAUUAAUCGCAAUUUUUAUUUUAUGCACGGCGGGUUUGCGUUUGUCCCUUUUCACCUGAAUCCGCGGGACAAGUUGUUCGCAAAUCCUGAAUCAAUUCGUAUAAAUGAAAUUGGUGCGUCUGCAUCAAGUACUUUUGCGUUAUGCAUAACUGCAAGCGGUACGGGCACCACGCGGAGAAGUUGGCGAAGCGCAACGCCGGCGUGGACGCGAUCCUGGGAGUGAAAGUGGAGGAGGACAGCGGACAGCAGGAAAGAGGUUUCGCCUCAACUACAUCUCCGGACAACAACUCUGCCUCGCCCGCAACCGGUGGCAACAAGGAUGAAACAGCUUCACCCAAGGUACUAUCAGGCUUUCAACGAGGUGGACCGGGUAAAGCGAAAAGCAAAACUUCUUCCAAAGCGGGGGCAAAAGCUCGAGCCAUCGGUGGGGCGGGCAAGAUUUCCACGCAGGCGAAAGGUGCAGGUCUCGUCCGGGGGAACAGGAAAAGGCAGAGAGGGAAAAGUGAAGAUCAGGGCUUGACUCUCAGCCCCGGGGGGUCGUUGUCCGACGAAACCAGCGGGCACGACGAGAAGAAGACCAAGAGGCACAAAAAUCCGCUUCCGGCGGACGAAAUUGCAAGCAGCAAUACGUCCGCGAAACCUCAAGAACUCCACCCGCAACACGGACGGUUUUACCUGUUUCGCACCCUGCUCGAGCCGGGGCACGAGUUGGACAAACGAGGAUCUACUUCGUCCACGCGCGACGAAGUCGAUCACGUCCGUUUCUAUGUGCGCGACGGCACCUAUGAGAGUGCACACGUUGGUCCCUCCUGAUUUGUUCUGCAACAACGCAGGUGCUAACUUGUCACGCAUCAUUCGGAUGAUGCCGUGCAAAAACGCAACUCACGACGCUGCCCUGUGGCACUGUUUGCAUGACGAAAUCCGGAAGUAGCCGAACACUCGGAUCAUCCACUUGUCAUGCGCAGGCUCGAUGUGUGCGGGGGUUUGAAUUGCUGACCAUGGCAAACGAAUGAAGAAGAGGGGGAGCAGCUGGGCACUCCCAUAGCACCGCGGUCUCGGGGUUGAGCCUGGCUCCCACGCAAAGCACCUCCUCCUCCGCAAUCCGUGGGGACCGGGAGCGCCAGAUCGCGUACAUCAUAUGCGUAUACAGAAGUUGUAUCGUCGCACAUCAUCAAAGCAGAAACUGCACGGCAAUAGAUGGUGAUUUGCAGAAUAGGAAAAACGCACCAGGUUGUAUGAUGCCAUAUGCUGCAACCCAGAUAGUGAGAUCUGUGAUGCAGUAUUCCAAUGUUGGAAUGCGAGUCAUCUUCUGCACGGGAUAAACCACCCGGCGGGACGAGUUCCACCCCGCCGCGCGGACCGUGAACCAGCGGCAGCUGCAGGCGCGACAGGAGACGCGGGCCCUGAAGCGGGACAUCCAGCUCGUGAAGGCCAGGAUGGCGAAAGAGAAAGCGGAGGCGGACCGGAUGAAACAGAAUCUCGAGCAAGCGGCGCUGGACAGUGGAUCCCUGCUGGAGAAAAGCGAGGAAGAAAAGUUAUUGGAUUCUUACAUCACGGAGACCUUCUCGACCACCCACCCGCAUUGCCGCCGGUUCUGCGAGAACGCGUUCGACCAACUGUUGGAAAGGUCGUUCCCCGACAUCGAUCCGACGUCCACCAAAAAGAUGCUGCAGCAGGACGCAUUUUUCGCCGGGAAGGCGGCGUUGCGGUACGCGCUCGACGAGGAGAUCGAGAGGCAAGGGGAGCAGAGCCAGCAGUUUGACUUCGACAAAGCGUACGCGACCCGCGACGCGCUGCAAGAAAUCUUAGCAGCGGUGGCGGGCUUGAAUGCUCCUGCGGCCACUCAAGAAGUGGAAGCUGCGGGGGCCCAAGAAAAACAAGAAGAUGCAGCUGACGAGGCCGGCGCAGGUGGGAAAACUUUCGAGAAUAGGAAACACGAGCAGCUAACGACAAUUUUGCAGCAGCUGGGCGAUUACAUUUUUCCGUACGACAGCUCGAAGAUGAGGACGAGAAAUUACGAAGAUAGCGAGAAUUUCAAACUGUACUGCGAAAAGUUUCAGAAGAAGAACCUUCUCCUGAACAAGAGAGUAGAGGAAAAAUCACUGCGUACGCGGGAGUUGCAAGGAAGCGACGACUACCUCCCGUUGCCAUCUUCGUGGUCUUCCAAAGAACGACUAGAUUGUUUCGCAACAAGUACAGAGGAAGAGCAGCAACAAAACCCUAGCACCGCCCGCAGCCCCGCAGGGUUGGACUACAUACUAGGGGCCCUCGAUCUCCCUUCGCCCGCGGAACAAACGUUGGCAGAUUACCGGACGAGAAUGAAAAGGGAAAUGACGUCGAAAGGAGAACAACCCCUACCUGCGAACAUGAACCUCUUGCGCCAGGUGAAGAUGGCCGGAGGAUCGGAAAGCUCUACUCGGAAGAGUGGUGCAGUAGGCAAAAAGCCGAAUAUACUUUCUUCAACGUUUUCUGCACCCGCCAAUUGUGAUGGUUCAACAUCGCUCGAGACUGCACAAGAUCGGGAGCUCGACGCCGUUUUUCUACAAACGUGGCGUGACUAUCACGAGAAUGCGGUUACUGACGAAUCUGAUGCAGAAUUUGAGGUCGACGAGGUUCUGUGGCAGGAGUCUUUGGAGAGAGUACUAGCGGAAAGAAGUGCAAGACGGGCCGGCACAGGUGAAUCUCUUGGAGAAGGUGCAAAGGAGGGCACUGAUGUUGCUUCCCCUGUUCCAGGAGAUCAUGUCCUCCAACUUUCUAACUUCUCCCCGCCUUUUGUCGCACGGCUGCUCCAGGGCCGGGAAGAGUUUUACGCGAGGUGGAAGCAACCACGAGCGGCGCAGCAACUCCCCGCACAGCCGCACCUACCGCGUGAUCACGUCGAUCGGGGGCAGCGAGCCCGGGAGACCGCGGCGGCAGAGUUGCUGACGCGGCAGAACGUGGAGGAGAGGAGGCUGAGGAACGGGUUGGACAAGGUCAAUGCGCAGGCGCACCGAGAUUUGGAACGGUUCAACCAGCAAGUGGCGCGGAAGAGAGGAGAACGGCGAACUUUGGAGGAGCAGUUGGAACAGUAUGGACGGAGAGAAUUUUAUUUAUCCCGAUAACUUUGAGCCAAAAAAUCCAGUUCAUGCUCAUUUGCAUUUUUCACGACAGGGCUGUAGUUUGUCACUUGCUCUAGGAAAUGAUGGAACUUGAUGACAAUGCACAGACCACAACAGCUGCACAUCAUGCACGUCGCGCCUAGUACUCGCGCUGUUCUUCACAACUUAACUGCUCAAGUUUAAGGUUUGACUCCGUGCAUAGCGGCACCAAUUCCCUCAUCCGAGGCCAGAGGCUUGGGCAGUUGCGGCCGAAGCGGGAUUACAGCCUGGCGGAAGAGGUUUUGUUUGGCAGACUGGCAAACUCCUCUCCACGUUGAGAGACUCUAAAGCGAAUUAUCCAGCACAGACCGUCUGUUUCGUACGUCGUGUAAGAUUUCGCUUUCUUCCAAGAAGGAGAUAAAAACCCAAACUGAAUAGUGCAUUCCAU